UUCAUCAUGUUAUGACUUAAUUAAAGUUCCUAUUUAUGAUACUGUCAAACUGACUUCUUUUUCGGUAUCUGUUUGUCAAUGGUUUUUCAUUAACUUUAUUAUAACUUGCGUAAAAAAAUGUAUUAAAUGAUUAGAUAUGGCUGAAGCUGUCAAUAAGAAUGUAAACCGAGACCUGCAUAUUGUAGUGAAUAAGUAUAAAUCACAAGAAAUUACUUCAUCAAAGCUGAACUAUGGUGAUUCCUAUCAUCCAAGUUAUUUGGAUCAUCAAUAUGCUCAUUCAGGCCAGGGAAUCUAUCGACGAAAAAUACCAAAUCAGAAUAUCGUUGCUAGACUGAUAAAAAGAGAAACAUGUUUCGUGAAACCGUCAGUUUCACCUUAUUACGCUGUCCGUUAUUUUCAUCAGAAUGUCGUACCUAAUUACACCAUUGUAAACAUUGAAAAGCCACCCUGUUUUCUGAGGAAAUUUUCCCCUGACGGCAAAUAUUUUAUUGCGUUUUCAUCCGAUCAAACAUCGAUUGAAAUUUACGAAUAUAAAGGACCGUCAUCUGCGGAAUCCUUAUUAAAUCGUGUCAAAGGAGAACAAACUACUAUCAGUGACAGUGAUUACUUACUUGUUCGUACGAAAAUUUUUGAGCAUUUUUUCCACCUAAAACAUACUGUUAAUGUAGCUAUAAAUGACGAACAACUGAAUAGAGAAUGCAGUUUAUUUACAGAUGAUGGUAAUUAUAUAAUUGUUGGUUCAGCUGUCUAUAUUAGUGAUGAAGUUUCACCUCCAUUUUUUGAAAUAUAUAGGAAUAAUGAAUCGGUUUCACCUACUGCCAGGUCGUUUCUUGAAAAUUAUACCCUGCAUUUGAUCGAUAUGAAGAAGGGCAAAUUAUGUGAUAAACGUACUUUCAAAACGGACAAAAUAUUUCUAUCGCAUAACCAGGGGUUGUAUCUUUAUCAUGAUUUUCUUUGCGUGCUGUCGGUUCAGCAUCAGACGAUUCACGUGUAUCAGGUUACGGAAGAUGGAUUCUUCGUUAACGUUCGGACGAUCGGAAGGUUUUGUCACGAUGACGACGAGUUGUACUUAUCCAAUGUCAAAUACCCAGAAUGGGCUCCAUGGAAAGCCACCUUUCAUCCAUACCGUGAAGCAACGUUCAAUGCACUCAAACAUAGAAUACUUGCCUUUUUGUUCAGGAGAGCGCAGCGAUACUGUCGUAAAAAGAGAACGCCGCAGCCAUUGUGUGAGUUUUAUCAGAACUUUGAACAUUUUGCACAGUUAAAAAUGUGGAAAAUACAACUGUUAGACAAAAAUCACCUUCUCAUAAAAUAUGCUAGUGAAGAUGUCAUCACCCUUCGUUUAAAUGACCCUAACAGCCAACCUUCCUUUUUUGUAGUUUACAACAUGGUUACCACAAAAGUACUUGCAAUAUAUGAGAAUACAUCUGAAAAGCUAUUAUCGAUCUUUGAACAUUUUUGCGACCUCUUUCGUAAUGCUGCUCUACAAGCUCCUGGUCGAUUAUCGUGCUCGCCUUCAAAUAAUACGUAUUCUAGAAUGCUUCAGCACAGAUUCAUACAGACUAUCAUAAAUGCAAAAUUCGGUGGACAAACCGAAGCAGUCAAGCGCUUGCUGGCUCAACUACCUAUAAGCUCCCAAUCUUAUAGUAUCAGUCCUUAUUUGGAUUUGUCGCUUUUCAGUUAUGAUGAUAAGUGGGUUUCUGUUAUGGAAAGACCAAAAGCGUGUGGUGAUCAGCCAAUCAGGUUUUAUGCCAGAGAUUCUGGUUUGUUGCGAUUUAAAAUUUACGCUGGUAUUCAUGGGAAGAGCCCGCCGGUUGCAGCUCGAAGACUUGUGGCUUUUACUUUCCACCCUCACGAUCCCUUUGCUAUUAGUGUUCAAAGAACAAAUUCAGAAUAUGUUGUUAAUUUUCAUGUAAGGCAUUUUCUAGAUUCACACUAAAUAUGUAAUUGGACCACAUGUGCCUUUAUUAUAAACGCAUAGAUAAAUAUAUUUUUUUUAA